CUAUGUCAACUCGCUUUCACUGCUCGGUUAAUAAUAAAGUUCUCCUCUGGUGUGUGCAUCUGGAUAUUGUGCUUAUUUCUCCAGCAAGGAUGGAAUCGACGCAUCUUACACUCAUUCUCAUAGGUAUUUCAGUUUUGCAUUCAAGGAUGGAUGCUCUACAAAAGCUUGAUAAACCGGUUCUGAUUGCUCCGUCUGCUGCAUUAGAAGAUUCAGUUGUGGAUUUCUUCUGUGAAAUUCCUGGAAAACCCGCAGGAUUGUCUGUAGACUAUGAGCUUUAUGUUGAAUCAAACCCGGGUAAGAUGAUUGGGGAGUACUCCUCGCUGUCUGGAGAACUGGCCACUUUUUCUUUGAUUAUCACCAAACAACAUGACGGUCGAAUUAUCUGCAAGGCCAGCGGACACAAUAACACAGAUAUUGAGAGCUCGAUCAGUGAUGGCUGGGACUUCAGAGUCAUUGUUCCAGUGGGGGAAGUGAGCAUCAUUUCACACCAAAACAUUGAGAACAUAUGGGAAGGAGAAGCGUUGAGCCUCCAGUGCAUAAAAACCAAAGGAACGUACGUCUCGUAUGAAUGGCUCUUGAACGGCGCACCGGUUCAGAUGCCGUACGACAGGAAUAACGACACUCUGACAAUCCACAGGGUUUCUGCACUAAAUACAGGCAUUUACAUGUGUGUGGCAUCAAACCAAUACAACGACACGAUGACCUACAACUCCAGCAGUAGUGUCUCUGUGAACAUCGGAGAAUAUGUGUCAAAGCCUGAGUUCUCCCUUGAUGUGGUGAAGCUUGAGGAUGGAGGAUAUACAGCCAUCAUCACGUGUCAGUCUACGAAAGGAACACCGCACAUCACCUUUAGCCUGUUGAACCACACUGACCUCAUCUUCACCGAAACGACCGACACAACCAGUGCGCUCUUUAGCAUCCCCAUCGAUCUGAACCGUUACAUGGGACACAUGAGAUGCAACGCCAGCAACAAGGGCAACUGGGUUCUGAGUGAACCGUACAACCUGACCGUGGAGUCUGUAGGAGGCGCUGUAACAGUGACGGCCUUCAGACACGUGGCUCUGGACUUCCAGGUGGUCAGCGUGGAGCUGCUCUGUAAGGUGGAGCGGGGAACGUUUCCUAAUUACAGCUGGUUCCUCAACGACAGCAGGCUGCUGGACCGCAGAGGUUCAGACCAGUCUCUUCUGCUUCUGUCUGUAGACCGACACAGAGCUGGAUUCUACCACUGCCAAGCUUCAGACAGAUUCGACAACAGCUCCAGCAUCCGCAGCCCAAAGAUGCUGAUCAGUAAAGAGGCACUGAACACACUCUCUCCUUUGGUUGUGAUCGCUGUUUUCACCUCUUUUGUCCUGCUGAACGUCGCUGUGAUCGCCUGCUGUAUUUAUGGAGUCGUGCUACGGAGAAGAUAUUCAAGAGAAUACCCCCUCAUUGAACAACGCACGAGAAUCACUGAUAAAUGGGAAGAUGAUGAAGAUGAGGAUGACGAUUAUCUAAUGUUGGAGGUUUAUGAGGAAGACGCCGUCCAAGCCGACAGAUUGAGUGACUCUGCUGAGAAUGAAGACCAGUCUGUGGAUGAAACCGUCCUGUAUGAAGGCGGGGUUUCUGAAUAACUCUCGGGUUUUCUGGGAGUUUUAUCAGAUCCACUGAAACUGAAAGGCGUUGCAUGUUAUUCUGUUCAGACAAAGGUUUAGUCAAACAGAAACAAUAGACAAGCCAAGAAGCAAAGAAGCCAAGACAGCCAACAAUGUGUCUACUGUCAGAUUCAUGCCAAAUAAGAGCGGGUUUAUACAUAAUUAACUCUAUUUUGGAAACAAAUUUCAAAUAUUUUUUUCAGCAGGUGAGCUAAACCUGACAAAACCUUCUUUUGGGAUCUCCUCAUUUGUAAACAUGUUAUGAAAUAUAUAUGUUAGAUUAUAAUAUUUGUAUUUAGCUAGCUGUGUGUGUGAACAAUACAAGUCUAUGCAAUUUGAAUGAGUAAAUGCGUGUGGGUUUGGGGAGGGAAAAUUACAAUUAAAUACAAAAAUAUGUUUUGAUAAA